UCGUCUGCUCUUUCGGUCGAACUUAACUACCAACGUUUCAGGAUGGAAAAAUGCCGAGCCUCCUCUAGGAUACUCAUAAUCGGAGCAGGAGUUUCGGGCAUAGCCGCCGCCACUCGACUCCUGCAGAACAAUUUCCAGAAUGUUCAGAUCCUGGAGGCGGAGGAUCGCAUCGGCGGGCGGAUCAACACCGUGUAUUUUGGUGACAACGUCAUCGAUUUGGGAGCCCAGUGGUGUCAUGGAAAGCAACAAAAUUGUGUGUACGACAUGGUCAAGGAUAUGGGUAUCCUGCACGAGACGGGCGACUAUUACGGUCCCAUCAAGAGGGUGAGAUCCAACAAGGAGGUGGUUCCACAUGAUUUGGCCUGCGCCAUUCACGACAUUGCUGUAAAGAGCAUGCCGAGUGGACCUCAUCCGGUUGUGGGAUCCUUUGGCACCCACCUGACGCAGACCUUCUGGCGCAAGAUCGAGUCCGAGCUACCUCAAGUGAAUAGGGAUGUGGCUAGUGAGGCUUUGAAUACCUUUGCGAAGCAUGAAAGUUCUAUUAUUGGUGCGGACAAUCUUUUCGAGGUUUCCGUGAGGGAACACAUCGAGUACCACGAAUGUGAUGGCGACAAGCUGCUCCACUGGGGAACGAAGGGCUAUCGGCGCUUCCUGCGCCUGCUGAUGAAGGUCAGCGAGGAUACGCCAGAGGAGCUAGGUCUACUGGAAGGACGCAUUCAACUGAAUAAGAAGGUCAUCAAGAUCGAGUUGGCGUGCCCCCGUAAGGUAAUCCUGCGCUGCCAGGAUGGCGAAUACUUUGAGGCGGAUCACGUCAUCUGCACCGUUUCCCUGGGAGUUCUGCAGGAGCAGCACGAGAAGCUAUUCGUCCCGCCGCUGCCCGCAGCCAAGGUGAAUGCCAUUCGCAGCCUCACCCUGGGCACUGUGAACAAACUGUAUUUGGAGUAUGAGAAGCAACCUCUUCCUGACGGCUGGGUGGGUUUCUUCUGCUUUUGGCUGGAAGAGGAUCUGAUAGAACUGCGAAAGACGGAAUAUUUCUGGGUGGAGGGUAUAACCGGUGUACACAUGAUCACUUGUCAGCCCCGAAUGUUGAUGGCCUGGGUGAAUGGUCCGCAUGGACGCCACAUGGAGACCCUGUCCGAUGAGAAAGUUCUCGAGGGCUUGUACUGGCUCUUCCGAAAGUUCCUCACUUUCGAAAUUCCGCCGCCAAAGCGUUUCGUUCGCAGCUCGUGGUUUUCGAAUCCGAACUUCCGUGGCAGUUGGAGUUAUCGUGGAGUUAUAGCCGAUGAAAGGAAUACGGGCCCCUGGGAUCUGGAGUCUCCUGUGUUGGGCGAAGAUGGUCAUUUAGGCCUCCUUUUUGCCGGAGAAGCGUCCAGCAGGAAUCACUUUUCCACCGUUCACGGAGCUGUAGAGGCGGGUUACCGGGAAGCAGACCGGCUCAUUGGUCAUUACACCUCAUGCAGUGUCAGUGCCUGAAAAUUAUAUAUUUUGCUAAUGUAUUUAUUUGCUAUGUACUUUUCUGUAAUUUUGGGUUCUUAA